GGAAUCUCGCGCAAGAAAGCCCGGCUGGCGCGCCAAAUUUCAAAGGACUUCCUGGGGAAAAGAACGCGAAAACCUCUGUUUAGCAAAGAACGACGAUUAAAUUGGACAUAAGUCAAAAGUGAUCAAAAUACAAAAGUAUAUCCACAGUUUUAAACAAUCGGCACCGUUAGCAUCAUAUUUAGGCAGUGGAAGAUAAUUCAAGUGCACCAGAUUCGACCCACGUUUGUGGAGAUUGAACUACCUCAAGCUGCCAGUUCUAGCCCCCAGCCUUUUAGUGUCCAUUUCUGAACUAGUUAGCUUAGUCAACUGUAACCAUUAGCAUUUACAACUGAUAUUUAGAGGACGUUACUCAGCAACUAACCGUGCAGGUUAUAGAUUGUAUACAAUAUAGGUUUUAACUUUCACUUUUAAAACAAGAGUUUUAAUGUUUACUCUGUUCAAAUUCAUUCAACACCACAUACUAAGAACAAAGCCUUUACCAGCAUUACAAACGGCUUUUUUAUCACAUUUACUGACUUAAGUGCUAUUUAAGCCAUGGAUAGCUCUAUGUAAGAAAGUAGCUGUUACUGACUGGGGUGGGGAUCGGUGAGUCGUGGCCAUGCUGUCCGGAGUCCAGCCGUGUUUCCAGCUGCUGAGAAUCGGCUCGUCCUCCACAGAUUUGGCCCAGGACCUGUACACGUUCCGGCCGGCGCUGACCCACUCAGUGUUUCGGCUGGGCCGUGCGGCAGAGCUGUGUGAUGUCACCCUGGACUCGACGUCCGUGUCCCGGAUCCAUGCCGAGCUGCAUGCUGAGAGGGAGGUGGAGGGGGCGGCCGAGGGGGGCUGGAAGGUGCAGCUGAAGGACCGGAGCAGCCAUGGUACCUGGGUGAAUGAGGUCCGUCUGCAGCCCAGUGUCCAAUGGGAGCUCUCAGAUGGCGACACACUCACCUUCGGCUGCCAAUCAGAGCGAGGGAGCCCAGAGUUCUACUUUCUCUUCCAGAAGGUUAGCGUGCGGCCGUUGGACUUUGACGCCAUCACCAUCCCCAAGGCCGGCACCUUCUCCUCCGACCUGAAGAACCGAAUCAGAACGAGCCUGGACCGCAAGGCGGUGGCCAACUUGGAUCUCUCCACUUGGUCAAUCAACAGGGCGACUGUCAUUCUGAAUUCCAUUGGAAGCCUGAGCAAGAUCAAUGGGAGUCCUUGGACAUUUAAGAGGAGUGACGGCAGUAUCACAGACCCAAACUCCACCUCCCCGCCUUUCACAUCCUUGGUCCCGCCCUCCACCCCUCCUCCCUUCCCGCCCACUACCUCUGUGGUCUCAUCCAAGUCACUCCCGGCAUCAUCCAAGAGCAGGCGCAAGUCAGCCCACACUGUACUUCUGGAGGAUGACAGCUCGGACGAGGCCAGGAACCACCGAAGCGUGAAGGACAGCCAGAGAGGGACGAAGAGAAGACGCCUCUACAAGUCUGAGUCUGAGGGUUUCCACGCUUCUUUAGCCAAAACGGACCAGGAUGUACGACGCCAGUUCGAACUGAAGCCUGUGCCUAAACCGAUUGCAAACGGUCACGCAAUCGUUGCUAACGGCAAACUCAACCACGUAUCUUUCAACAUCAAUCAGAGGCGGGAGAUCGACCCAAACCAUCAGAGGACUGGCCCAAAUAUGAACGUCUCUGUGUUUCGCCAGCAGAAUAUUUUUCCGCCGCCAUCUUCUGGGAGGGGAAGGCGACGGGCUCACAGCUCCCCAGUGUACUCCCCUAUGGUGGUGGGAGGAGAGAGCUACUCGCUGGUGUCCCCGUCCCUUAGGAUCUGCAAAGAGGAGAGAGCACGGCCAGGGCAGUUUGCCAGAUUUCAUGUCACCACUGGCAAGCGGCGGGGCCGACCAAGGAAGCACCCUCCUCCGCGGCCCUCCCUUCCCCCUCCUUCCUCUUCCUCCUCUUCCUCCACAUCCUCCUCGUCCUCCUCUUCGAGCUCCUCCUCGUCCUCCUCAGAAGACGAAGAGGAGGGGGUGGUAUCCCAGGGGGUGGAGCCCUGUGCCGCGCCUCGCUGCCGCCUGCCCCAGCAGGACACGGUGCAGUGGGUCCAGUGUGACGACUGCGAUGCCUGGUACCACCUGGACUGCCUGCACUGCGACCGCAAGAACCUCCUGCUGGACCCCAACGCAGACUUCCACUGUGGCUGCUGCUGAUACAGCGGGAGUGGGUCACAGCCCCUAAACUAGAACACACUUAAAUGCCUUAAUCAUACCACAGGGAAUUUGGGGCUUGUUUAUGGAGAGAGGAAAAAAGACGAUUGUUGUAUAAUGGGGAUUGUAUGAAUUUAAAAAAAAAAGUAGAUGUUGUACAGUGUUUGUGGAGGUUUUUAGCUGCGACUUCAGGCUGUCAUGGACAGUGGGGUGGGUCUCAUCUACGUGAUAGUUAGAGGCGGUCCUAAACUUGACAUUUUUCAAAGUGUUCAUCCACGUUCGCUCUGUUUGCGCAGCUGUUUGACAAAUAGAGUGACAGCUAGGACUCGGGUUAACAGUGGAGACCCUGGGGACUGAUAUGAACUGUGUUGGAACUAUUUCAGCCACACGAGCUACUCUCUGGUGUACAGUAUAAGUCUGGGAAACAAGUAGAUGCACAGUGACAGACAGCAGGUUUAUAACUUCAUGUGCUAAGUACUUCGAUAUCGGGUUGUGAAUAACCCGCUGUUGAUUGGGGCAAAUGGAGGUGGUAUUGGAGAAUUCACCGAAUUCGUACCUGCAGUUACACAAUAUGCAUUGCAAUACUCUCAUCACACACCAAAAAUAAUCGCGCAAGGAUAUGCUUAGCUUGGUUCUAUCCUGUUGAGUAAAGAUGUUUACGCAAGGAGGAGCAUGGGUUUUCUGUGUUCCUACCGUCUAGUAGUUGUUUUAAUCUUCUCUUAAAGACUUUUGAUAUGAGAAUUCAGAUCUAUAACACACGGACUUGUUUUUUUCGUCUUCCAAUUAACGUAAGCUUUCUGGUGACAUUGAUUUACGUCUCUUAACAGUGUACCGUAUGUAUGUCUGUCCAUAACACACGUCGAUUUAGAGAAACUCCACCCAGAAACUAGUUUGGUAUUUGUCCAUUGUUGACAUAGUCUCAACCAUAUUUUGCUCGUCAGCAAUCCCGUUUUCAAGAUAUGUCACUUCUAAAUGACAGAUCAUCCCCAUAUGAUGCAUUCUGCUUUUUUCCAAGAUGAAUCAUACAGGGAGGAUUUCUGUAUUUUGAAAGUUACAUAUCUUGGAAUCUUUAUUCAACUAGGUAAGUCAGUUAAGAACAAAUUCUUAUUUACAACGACAGCCUACCGGGGAACAGUGGGUGAACUGCCUUGUUCAGGUGCAGAAUAACAGACCUUGUCAGCUUGGAGAUUUGAUCCAGCAACCUUUCAGUUACUGGCCCAACACUAACCACUAGGCUACCUGCCGCCCCUUGAUUUCUGGUCAGGAAAACAUGUCAACAAUGGACUAAUUAAACAAAUACCAGAAGAUUUGUGGGUGGAGUUUUCCUUCAUCAAGUUGUAGAGCAGGCAUGACCGACACUCUUGAGGAGCUUCCCUUGUGCAGGGUUUUGUUCAAGCCCUAUAACUCACCUGAUUGUAGUAAUCAGCUGCUCCUUAGGCCCUUGAUCGGCUGAAACAGGUGAGAUAUAAUAGGGCUGGAGCAAAAGCCUGCUCACCCAUUUCAUCUCCAGGAGUAGGGUUUGCUCACUUGGAUGUCUCUCCGAUUAUUGGUAUUUGUCUUGAAAGUUAACCAGGGAAGAAAUAAAAGGUAUUUCAAAAAUGUAUUGAUGGAAUAUAUUGUAUUGAUAUAUUUUUCAAUCUGUAGUUCGCAAGUCCGUUCUGUUCACCAUGAUGCUUAUUUGUGAAUGUAUAACAUCUAUUGGCUAUUGAGUUACCAAGUGCCUGGAUAAAAACUACUAUAUUGAAAAGAAACUAGCACAGCGGGGAUCUCGACGCAACAGCUUCACAGAUUUCAUGGAGCAUCAAGAUCGCCCGUGUGUGCUGAAGCUUCUUUU